CUUCACACAGCACUACCCCGAAAAAAAACCAGAUAGGGAGCCUGUGAGCGAUAACCAGAGUUGGUCUAAGGAUGCCUGCGUACGCCACCAACAUGAGGAUGAAGUUCCCCAUUGUGGCCUUGACUUUGGAGAUUAUCACCAUUAUCCUGUUUGCUGUGUUUGUGGUCUAUGAUGAUGGGGAAGGCCACGGGCACGACACACACUCCAAUGAGACUCAUCCUGAAAAGAAUCAGCCCAUGGAUCUCUACCCCAUGUUUCAGGAUGUCCACGUCAUGAUCUUCAUCGGCUUCGGGUUCCUGAUGACAUUCCUGAAGAGAUAUGGGUUCAGCAGCGUCGGCAUCAACUUGCUCCUGGCUGCCUUCGGCCUGCAGUGGGGCAUUCUCAUGCAGGGUUUCUGGCACAUGGAUGAUGGAAAGAUCAAAGUUAACAUCUUUAAAUUAAUCAAUGCAGACUUCAGCACAGCUACAGUCCUGAUCUCCUUUGGAGCAGUUCUGGGUAAAACCAGCCCUGUGCAGCUCCUCAUCAUGACCAUACUGGAGAUUACCAUCUUCUCCAUCAAUGAACAUCUGGUGGCCACAGUCCUCGAAGCUAAUGACGUUGGUGCGUCUAUGAUCAUCCAUGCUUUUGGAGCCUACUUUGGCCUGGCAGUGGCUCGAGUACUUUACCGACCUGGUUUGAGAAACGGACAUGAAAACGAUGGGUCUGUCUACCACUCUGAUAUGUUUGCUAUGAUUGGAACCAUCUUCCUGUGGAUGUUCUGGCCCAGUUUUAACUCGGCCAUAGCUGAACCAGGCUUCACUCAGCUCACAGCAGUGAUCAACACCUACCUCUCCCUGGCUGCCUGUGUGCUCUCUGCCUACGCCAUCUCCAGCCUCGUGGAGCACAAAGGAAAACUGGACAUGGUGCACAUUCAGAAUGCCACCUUGGCUGGUGGCGUUGCUGUGGGAACAUGUGCUGACAUGAACAUCGGGCCAUUUGGGGCAAUGCUGAUUGGAUUAGUGGCUGGCGCCAUCUCCACCCUGGGCUUCAAGUUCCUUACUCCCAUCCUAGCAUCCAACCUGGGCAUCCAGGACACCUGCGGCGUCCACAAUCUGCACGGCAUGCCUGGCAUCCUGGGUGGAUUGGCUGGUAUUGUGGCUGUGGCUUUGGGGAAAAAAAAGGGAGGUGAUCCUGCCAUGCAAGCUGCCGCCUUGGCUUCAUCCCUCGGGUUCGCUUUGGUUGGAGGUGCUGUAACAGGUUUAAUAAUGAAGUUGCCGUUCUGGGGCCAGCCUCCAGACCAGAACUGCUUCGAUGACUCUAUUUACUGGGAGGUUCCUGAGGAGGAGGAGGAGAAUGAGGAGAGCUUGGCUCACGCCGAUCACUCAAAGAACAAAGCAGAGGUUUAAGUAUCCUCUCACCAACCAUUGAGCUAGAAAAACCAGGAAGUAAAGGACCAUGCCUCCCAAUAUCAAUUUGUCAACUAUAUUAAUGUGAUUUUUUUUUAGAUAGACGAUUUGCUAUACUCACCAACAACACACAUCCGUUUUUUAAACUGUUUUGUGAGCAAAGAUAUCUACAGCAGUGUUUAUUUCAUCGUAGUACAGUUUACAUUUGUAAUUAGGGUGGGCAGUGAAAGUUAAACACAAUAGAGUCUCCAAAACACAUGGGGAAUUUCUAAAGAUUGUUAACAUGAAGAUUAGGUUAAUACCAUAUUCAUUAAGAAAAAAACUUUAAAGAAUUUGAAACAAGGACAUUCAGGGAUUAUUUUCACUUAAAAUUGUAAUCAAUCUUUUUGAAAACACAGUGGGUCACGCCAUAGAUUCACUGUUGACACACGACUAUCCACACAAGCUUUUCUUUAUGUUGUUUUUAUAUAAUAAAUUGAAGCACUGAAGCAUGUUUUAAGAUAUUAGUAUAGUUUGUAUCUUUCUUCAUUCUUUUAUAUUUCCAUACACCUCACAUUUGUAUUUUGGCUGAGGGUUAGGUCAAAGAGAGGAGUUAAACCUGCUUUGAUCUGCUGCUUCACAUCACCUCACUGGAGCCCAGUCCUUCUGCAAGGAGUCAGAGUCAGACUGUGUGUAACCAGCAGUGAGGCUCUGACAUGGGCAAGGAUAGUCGCAUGAUAUGUUGUAAUUAAUUAACCUUUGUGUUGCUUAUCUCCCACUGCUCCCACAGUCAUUUUCUAUCUAUCCGAGGGCAGCUGAACAAUUUAUUUAAUGCGAAGAGGAUGAAUGCAUUUAGCCUCAGAUUAGCUGUCAUUGGACAAGCUAAAGUUAUUUUUGUUUGUCUGCUUUCUAUAUACAUCUUAUGUAUUCUUAUGUAUUCUUACAUGUACAUACAGUUUUGAUGAAUUGACAAGUUCAGUUUUAUCAAAGUCCUGCAAUGUUAAAAAAAGAGCAACUGGUACUGAAUAUUUUUCAGAUGCCUUAAAAACAGGAACUUACAUACUGAUUAAAAAGAAAGGGCUGGCAUUUAUAGAAGAUGGAAAUGUGACAAUUAUUAAACUCUUUUAUCCCA